AUGAUGGAUAUGGAUGAAGCUUUGAGUAUUCCACAGAGAAUCACAGAUAUAGUAGAGAUAGAGUUUGACGUAGAUGCGAUAGUUAGGAACGUUCAAGAAGUACUGGCAAAAAAAGACAGCUCUGCUGAUUAUGUGCAGCAAAUGAAAAGACUAGAUCAUAUUUUUAAUAGCGCUAUAAAAGUUCAAUCGGAAAUAGGCAUGGGUGUGAGUAUAAAUAUGAUGAAGUCUUUCAUAAAACAUUCUCUGUUCUAUUUGAUCACAGGCCAAAAUAACGAAAAGGUCCAAAAGAUAGCAGAUAAGCUGUUGUAUAGCCGUAAAGGCGACGAAAUUGAUGAAAACGAGAUCAGAGAGCAAUUCACUGACCCACAGUCAUCUGAUAAUGAGCCAACGCUCAAGUCUAUCCUAUCAAAGGAAAUAAAUGAUCUGUGCAAAACAAUACAAAAGAAAGGGGGCAAUGUCAAGGACUAUCUGCUCUUUAGAAUACGGCUGCUAGAUCAGCAUUUGCACUUCUCCAAAGCCUUUUCUAAGGACUGGCUGAGCAUUGACGAUAUAGUGAAAAAAUACGACGCAGAAAACAUUCUGAACGCUGAAAAGAUAUACACCUUAAAAGAAAUGCAGACUUUGACACAGAAUAGCAUCCACAACUUCUUGGAGUAUGGGCUUGCCUAUGUCUACAGGCAUGAUGACAUAGAAAAGAUAGAUGAUGCCAUAAAAGUGCACACAGAGACAGCAAAUGAAAUACAGGUGCUAAUAGAUGUCUACAACUUCCCCUCUGACAUCCUAAACUUGCUCAAGUCGAUCAUAAAGAGCAAAGAUGUGAUACAGCAGGAGAUACUUAUAUUAGAGAAAUACAUGAUUCUUGUGGGUAUGUUCUUUUCCGAGAUAAAGGAUCUGGUGGAGAAUAAGCAUAAACUAACCAAUGUGACGCUGCUCAAUAUGGCUAUAGCCAUGCCAAACAAAUAUGUGUACACCGCGCACAUUAUAUUCUUAAGCCAGGAAAUAGCAUCGGUUUCUGAUAAAAUAGAGAAGAGGAGAAGCGAAAUAAAAAGCUCAAAUGCUGAAAACGAAAAAGACGUAGAAGCUGUGGACACUGAAGAAGACGAACAGGUUAAAACACUGCAGAGAGAAAAAACCGAGCUCGAAAAUGACCUUAAGAGGAUAGAGAAGUACAACAGAAUGAUGCUCGAUCUUAUAAAAGACAUAGAGAAUGCAAACCCUUUAUUCUCUGACGACCAGAAAAUCUAUCUGCUGAAAAACAUGAAAGAGUACGAAAAAUCACUUCGUUUUUCAACCAACAUCCAAGUAGCAGCAGAAGAAAUCUUUAAUAGGAAGAAGGAAGAGGAGGCUCCUCCUGCCCCCAAAGAAAUGAGCAAGAAAAACAAGCUCAUUCUUCUUAUAUUUGGAUACAUCGUUCUCUGGAUAGUUGCAUAUGCAAUCAUUAGCAACCCAAAGAUACUGCAGGAUUUAGUGGACUUAUUUACAAAGCCAAUCCAGAUGGUCUCAAGAGCAGUUAACACCUAUAUUCUUAAGAACUAA